GCCUGGAGAAGUGGAAUCGCGCCGCUGCCGCUCCCUGCGCGGGACUCGCGAAUCGGCACUGGGCAUGCUCAGUCGCCGGAGCCCGUCCUGGUCUCAAGUAGGAAGCUCGAGCGCUGCACCCGCUGCUGAUCCAGGCGCUCGGGGGAGGGCGAGACUGGAGAAGAGCUGCCGGGCUCGGAGCCGAAGUGAACGCCGCGCGCACUGCCGGUUGGAGCUGCCGUGGGUGAGCUGUUGUGGUCUGUAGCCAAGCAUGCUGUGGUCGGACCUGCCCAGCCGAGGGACAGAAACAUUCGCUGGAUGGAAAAUCCAUAAAAGAAAGCUGCUGUGAGAGGCUGAGACAGACGAUAACUUAAGCAAAGCCAGGUGUGCAUCCAAAGGGAAUGAAGACAGGAUCCUGAAGAGAGAUGUGCACUCGCAUGUGCAUGGCAGCAUUGUUCACAACAGCCGGCACAAGGAAACAUCUUGAGUGUUUGUCAGUCGAUGAAUGGAGAGAGAAGAUGUGGAUAUAUAUAUAUAUAUAUCAGAUUUAUUUGUGCUGUCUGACCUCAUUGAGUGAUUGCUGUUAAUUAACAAGACUUUGUGGGAAAAGGGAACUUGCCUUCUGAGCUUUGUACCAAAGACCUGGGAAAACUAACCGUCUCAGUCUUUCCUGAGUGCUUGGAAACCACCGGGUCCCCUGCUGAUGUGCUGACUGGCCGCUAUGGGCAUACGGUAUCCGGAGGCUCACUGUCAUCCAUGCAGCUUGUAUUUCAAAUUAUAACCUAUUUCCUGCACCACUGCUGACGUCCAGUGAUCCAUGUCAGAAGUACUUCCAGUGGACUCAGGUGUAGACACUUUGACAGUGUUUAUGGCCAGCAGCGGAACUACACACGUCACGAAUCGAAACAGCCCGGCCACACCACCAAAUACCCUUAAUCUCCGUUCCUCCCACAAUGAACUGUUGAAUGCUGAAAUAAAACACACAGAAACAAAGAACAGCACCCCCCCCAAAUGCAGGAAAAAAUAUGCACUAACUAACAUCCAGGCAGCAAUGGGCCUCUCAGAUCCAGCUGCACAGCCCUUGCUGGGAAAUGGCUCUGCCAACAGUAAGCUGGUGAAAAAUGGGGAGAACCAGCUCCGGAAGGCUGCAGAACAAGGGCAGCAGGACCCCAACAAAAACGUCAGCCCCACUGCAGUCAUCAACAUAACUUCUGAGAAGUUAGAGGGUAAAGAGCCCCAUCCACGGGAUUCCCCGGGCUGUGAAAUUUUACCCUCCCAGCCCAGGAGAACCAAGAGUUUCCUAAAUUACUAUGCAGACCUGGAAACCUCAGCCAGAGAACUAGAGCAGAACUUAGGCCACCAGCAUGGAGUUGUGGAAGAGAAGUCUCAGCCAGACCCAGGCCCAGCCCCCACCACCGUCGGAAAUGGCGAGUUGCUGGUGCAGAAACCUAACAAGCCCCAAUGCAGCCCUGAAGAUGGCCAGGUGGCCACAGUAUCAUCCAGCCCAGAGACCAAGAAGGAUCAUCCUAAAACGGGGGCCAAAACUGAUUGCGCACUCCACCGGAUCCAGAACCUGGCUCCGAGCGACGAGGAGUCCAGCUGGACCACACUGUCCCAAGACAGCGCCUCACCUAGCUCCCCAGAUGAAGCAGGUACCCCUGGGAAAGAUGUAGACUACGUUGGCACUGUUUCUUUCAGUUAUUGGUGGAAUUAAUCUCUAGACUUAGCAGAAAAAUCCAUUUGCAGGCAUAGAAGAACAUGAGCCUCUUGGGUUAGAAUUAGGCAAUUUGCAUGGAAAUGAGAUUCCUCAGUGGUUUCAUUUUGGUUCACUCUGGUAAGCAUUUUUGUAAAAGAAUUUGAUUGUUGGUGUUAAGUACAGUAAAAUACCAUCUAUUUGGAAAUUAUACUGCCAGUGCUUAGGUUAACUAUUUCUAUAUACUGUCUAGGAAUAUUCGUUUUUGCUAAGCAAAAACUGAAAGAAAUAGUGUGGCCAGGGGACAGGCUACAACUCGGUUAAGAGAAGCAACUAUUUUAAAGUUCUCAGAAGAACUUAUUUAUGCUCAAGCUCAUGAAAAGUUAAAAGUUUAAAGUCUGUUCAUUAAAGCCAUUUCCCUUUUGACCUUUCCUGGGGAACAUUCUAUUAGGUUGUUCAGUGAUGUUUGAAAGUGAGAAAGUGCUGUUUCUUUUUAAACAUAUUGAGAUGUUCAGGAUUUGAACUAGUUUGAUUGAGACUUGUGUGUGCAGUAUCUGUAACAUCUUGGGGUCAGUCGAGGCAAAAUUGUGAAAGAAAUGAGCAGGGUCCUAAAGUCAGCUAUUUUUAAACUCAACUUCUGAUAGCCUCCCAUUAUACUGUUCAGCAGAUUAAAAGAUGUGGAAGACUUUGCUGUAUCUGAAUUCAGUAUAAAUAAGCACUCACAAAGCUACCCACCCCCCCACCUCUCCCCUCCCUCUUUUUCAGUUGUAACCCUGGAACUGCCCUGGUGAGUCACAGGUCUAUGUCAGUGUGAUACAGAUAUAACAGAUAGAGCCACCAGGGAAGGAAAUUACAUUUUCCUAACCUAUAAUGCAGAGAAAUUACAAGGACUACAGAUAAGGAAAAGGGAAGGAGAAAGUUAAGGCAUUAACUUGUUUUAAAAAAGUGUGUUUGAAGUCCCCUCUGAAAAUGCAGCUCUUUACAUGACAGAUCUCAUCAGCUUGCUGUGGCUAGAUAUGGUAGGAGGGUGGUUGAGAUGGGUCCAUGUCAUCUUAUAAACGUCUGGACCUGCACAUUAUUGGAACCAUUAAACGUCUGGACCUGCACAUUAUUGGAACCGUAAUUAUGUUUAGUAAUGUCACUGAGUUUACAGCUCUGUUAAUUUGUCCCUAUUGAGAGAAUUCCUAUCCUGAAUUGAUGGACCCUGUCACCUUCU